GUUUGGCUUUGCGUUGCGCUCGGCGCGCUGAAGUUAGAGCUUGGAGUUCGAGUCUGCCUCUGCCACUUCCCCGUCUAAGGAGGAAGAAAAGGACUCGAAGGUUUCUUCUGGUGCUACUCGUCGGCGAAAUUUUGCUCACGAUAUUGUUCGACGGUCAAAUUAUUCCGGUGCAGACCCCCAGAUUAUUAGGUGGUAUAUGAGAAAGAGAAAAAGAGGAGAGGAAGUAAAGCAUUAUACUAUUAUGUGGGCCCCUUUAGAAGAUUCAGUUUGUUACGAAUUAGGCUUUUUAUUAAGUCUGGGGAGGGGAGUCUUGUUCAUCUUUUUGCUCUGCAUCGAGUGCAGCUAUCAGAGCAUUUGAAGGGAGGUAGCCUUGGCUUCCUUGGCAUUUUGGCCUAAAGGAGGUCCAAGUUCUAUCAGAUUGGUUCUGUUACAGUUGUCUAAGAAAUACCAUUCUCUAGGUAACAUCUAAGAGAAAACCCUUCUGUAUCCAAGUUGAUGUGUUAUAAAGCAUAAUAGGUUGGUUGGAAUUUCUUUUAUUAUGAUAUUAUCCAGUUUCUAACUAUUGCUAGAUGCAGGUAUUAUUUUCUUAGUUUGAAUCUUUAUUUGGAUGUUGGGGGAUUGUUCGUAGAGAUUUGUAGGGUAGGAUAAGAUGGCUCGAAAUGAGGAGAAAGCACAGUCUAUGCUGAAUCGUUUUAUAGCCUUAAAAGCUGAGGAGAAGAAGAAACCCAAGGAACGUCGACCUUACCUUGCCUCUGAAUGUCGUGACCUUGCAGAAGCUGAUAAAUGGCGUCAACAGAUCAUGCGUGAAAUUGGUCGCAAGGUUGCAGAGAUCCAAAACGAAGGCCUUGGUGAGCACCGUUUGCGUGAUCUCAAUGAUGAGAUCAACAAGCUCAUCAGAGAGAAGUCACAUUGGGAGCGUCGUAUAAUUGAGCUUGGUGGCCCCAAUUAUACCAAACACUCGGCCAAAAUGACUGAUUUAGAGGGGAAUAUUGUUGAUGUACCAAACCCCAGUGGUCGUGGUCCUGGAUAUCGGUAUUUUGGUGCUGCAAAGAAGUUACCAGGUGUUAGGGAAUUGUUUGAGAAGCCACCUGAACUGCGGAAGCGCAGGACUCGUUAUGACAUAUACAAGAGGAUUGAUGCAAGCUACUAUGGCUACAGGGACGACGAGGAUGGGGUUUUGGAAAGAGUGGAAGGUCCAAGUGAAGAGCGUAUGAGAGCUGAGGCAGUUGAAGAGUGGCAAAGAAUGGAAGAGAUAAGGAAAGAAGCAAAGAGGGCAGUAAAGAGUGGGGAGGUAGCCAGCGUGGUGAAUGUUGCAGCAAAGGAGGUACUAUUUGAAGAAGAGGAAGAGGUUGUUGAAGAAGAGAGGAAAAGAGAGAGGGAAAUGAAGGAGAAUUUGGACAAGGAGAGGGAAUUUGUGGUGCAUGUGCCAUUACCUGAUGAAAAGGAGAUUGAGAAGAUGGUUUUGGAGAAGAAGAAGAUGGAACUGUUGAGUAAGUAUGCGAGUGAUAUGCUUUUAGAGGAACAGAGUGAAGCCAAGUCCAUGCUCAAUAUACAAAGAUAACUCCUAAAAAUCGUCAUAGAUUUGUUUAAUCUAUUUUCCUCUAUGCACCACAGCUUCUGUGGUCAAAUGGCAAAUCAUAUUCUGGAAUCAAGCAGAGUGAUGACAAAAAUCGAGGUAUAUGACGAUCUACGUUAUAAUGUUUGUUCAGAUCUCUCUAUGUUUUCGCUUUAAACAUCUCUUAGAGAUACAAUCAACGUUGAUGACUGAUGUAAAACCUUAGGUGAUAGGUUGCUUGAAUUUUCCAAAUUGAUGUACUUUGAGAGAUGUUUUGGGGCCGCUCUCUCAAGAGUUGAUUUACAUUUAGAUAAAGACACAUUCAGGCUCUUUUCCAUAAGGCUCUUUGUAUUUCCA